AUGCGAAAAUUUGCCAUUUUUCUAUUUUUUGUACUAGUUUUGGAAGCCGCCGGACAAUGUGAGUAUUGAGGGAUUUCGCUGAAAUACACUGCUAUUCAGCAAUGUGAAAAUCGCCAAAACUUCUCGUCAAGCCGCAUUCGUAACUAAUCCAUUCUGAACCAUUUCAGGGGGUUUCGGACCGCCGUCUCCGUGGGGUUGGGGACCUCCCCCACCACCAAGUCCGUUCUGGGGACAAGGACUCGGAGGAGGAGCAGGAGCAGGAGCAGGACCCUGGGGCACACAAGGUAAACGCACAUUUUCAGCUGACGACGACUAUCAUUAUGUUUUCAUUUUUGCAGGAGGCAACGGAGGAGGAUGGGGAGGCGGAAAUAACGGCGGAGGAGGAUGGGGUAAGGUUCCGAUUUGAAUGAACAAAGUGUACGGAGUCUAGCUCUAAGAUUUAUCUGAAAGAGCUGAAAGAGCUGGUCGUGACCAUUCCAAAUGUAUCCUACAAAAACGAGCGCUGAAUUUAUAGGCAGAAGACAGCUUUCUAAAGGAGAUUUCUCGAGAUUCUCUGGCAAAGAAUGAAGAUUUCUCAAGCUUAAAUAGGAGAACUCAGUCACUUUGUUCGAUCUUUGAAAGCGUUUACUACAAACAUUCUACUUUUUUCCAGGCGGUAACGGAGGUGGUGGCAACGGUGGAGGAAAUGGAGGAGGAAAUAGAGGAGGAAAUGGAGGAGGAAAUGGAGGAGGAAAUGGGGGAGGCGGAGCAAGGGGAGGCGGUUAGUUUACGAAUUAAAAUUCAAAAAUUUUCCCUAAAAUUCGGUGAAUUUCAGGCGGAGGUGGCCGUGGCGGCGGCGGCGGCGGUGCGGGCGGAGGACGUGGGGGAGCUGGCGGGGGAGGUAGCAUUUUUGAGAUGCUUAAACGUCUCUUGCAAAAAUGCAUUUUCAGGUGGCGGCGGCGGCGGUCGAGGAGGUGGCGGAAAGGGAGGAAAAGGCGGAGGUCGAGGAAAAGGAUGA